AUGUCGGACGAACAGACCAAGCAGGAAGUCAAGCAGCAGGAGGUCAACUUCGAGGCUUCUGCUUCAGCCGCCGAGGCCUCCACCACCGCCGCCACCAACUCCACCAUGACGGUCGACGAGGCUAAGGAGGAGGCCCUUCGUCAGGUCGAGUUCUACUUCCACGACUCCAACCUGCCCUUUGACAAGUUCCUGUUCACAUUGACGCGCAAGGACCCGGAAGGCUGGGUGCCCAUUGCUACGAUUGCCUCGUUCAAGCGCAUGCGCGAGAUCAAGGAGCUUCUCGGGCUCGAGGGCAUUGCCGAGGCAUUGCGAGGAUCCAAGGAGCUUCUCAACGUCAGCGAGGAUGGUGCCAACGUUCGUCGAACCAAGGAGCUCGUUCCGGUGCGUGAUGCCUUCGACCGCUCCGUCUACGCCAAGGGCUUCGGCGACGAGACCGAAACCCUCCAACGCGAGCUCGAGGCCUUCUUCGCAACUUUCGGCAAGAUUAACAGCGUCCGCAUGCGUCGAGACAUGGAAUCCUCCGCCAAACCCAAGCCCUUCAAGGGUUCCGUUUUCGUCGAGUUUGCCGAGAUGGAUGAUCGCAACCAGUUCCUCGCCCAAGCCGCCAAGGUGGAGCCGGAGCAGGAUGGAGGCAAAGGCGUGCUCUUCCAGGAAAAGACGCUCGUCGCCAUGUCCAAGGACGCCUACGUCAAGAUGAAGAUGGAGGAGAAGGGAAUAGACCCGUCCAACCACAAGAUCAACCGCGGUGGUGAUCAGCAGCAGCACAAAAAGUUCAACGCGUUCAAGGAGAUGAACAAGCCGGAGCGUCGUGGCGGGGCUGGGAAGAAGGAGGACGAGAACAAGCCGAAGCGUUCGGACCCCUUGGAGUUCGAGUACAAUGGCAAGCAGUUGACGACGCAGCCUGACGGCACGGUGGAUGCGGAUGCAGUGGUCUUCCCGCCCAACUCGGUGCUCAAGUUCACCGGUGCUGGCGAAGGUGGCAACUGGAAGGAUCUCAAGGAUACACUGAUUACAGUGCACCCGACUUCAUUCGUCGAAUUCCCCACCGGCGCCGUCGAGGGCGCCGUGGGUUUCAAAGAGACCCUGUCGGACGAAAAACUCGCCGAGAUCAAGAGCAAGAACAUCACCGUCGGCGGCAACGUCGUCGACUUUGCACGGGUGGACGAGGAGACCGCCAAGAAGUUCUACAUCGAGCGCGCCAACUUCCGUGCGUCGUUCAUGCUCGAUAGGCGGGAACAGGAUGCCCAGCGUGGGGGCGGACAGCGCGGUAAUGGGAGCUACAGCAGGGGUGGUGGCGGCAGGGGUGGACGCGGUGGGCGGGGCGGUAGGGGCGGUAGGGGCGGUGGAGGACACAGACCUAGCCGCGGCGGAUUCGGUAGGUCCGGUGGCGAUAAGAGGAAGCGCGAGGGUGAUUCGAACGGGCGAGAGGACGGUGCACCACCUGCCAUUGGUAAGAAGGUCAAGACGGACGAGUAA